AUGGCGGACCUAAUGGGUUGCUACAAUUGGGUCAUAAUCUGCAUCGGCGACUUGGCGCACCUGCAAUCGUGGAAAGCAGACAUAAAGGAACACAGGACCUUAAGCAUACCAGAACUGGUUACAAGGAGCCGAAGCAUUGAGGCUUGUUUGCAGAAUGGCAUCGACGAGGUCGAGAUAGCAAUUCAAACUAUUGAGUCCCUAAACCUUCAAAUCCCAAACCUCACCCUCCUCUAUAAUGAGCACCGCGGCGAGACUGACCUGCGGAAGUUAAUUGCUGAUAAUGCCAAAGUAAGCACCGACGAGGUCCUUAUUACCUCGGGCGCGGCUGGUGCGCUGUUUAUUAUCACUACGUUCCAGCUAGGCACUACUUAUGGCGCGGAGCGCAACCACCUCGUUGUUAUCCGCCCCAACUACGCAACUAACCUCGAGAUGCUCAAGGCCGUUGGCUGUGACAUUUUGUAUAUUGAUGUUACUUUUGAGUCUGGCUUCCAGCCCAACAUUAACGACAUUGAGGCUACUAUUAAGCCCAACACUUGGCUUGUCUCUAUAAUGUGUCCACACAACCCUACCGGCUCUAUGCUAUUGCGACAGGCCCUCGACCGGCUCGUUGCUAUUACAAAGCAAAAGGGCGUUUUGCUACUUGUAGAUGAGACGUACUGCGAUAUCGCUUUUGGCGAGAAGCUCCCCGUGGCGGCCUCAUUAGGUGACCACGUCCUGAGUGUUAGCUUGCUGUCUAAGUCCUUUGGCAUCCCCGGCGUCCGUAUCGGCUGGCUUAUUAGUACUAACAAGGCCCUUCAAAAGACCUUCCUAGCGGCGAAGGAGCAGAUCAGCAUUAGCGGCAGCGUCAUUAACGAGUGGAUCGCUACGCAGAUGGUCGAGACGUGGAUCGACGGCGAGGAGCUGCUAGACUGGGUCAAACCCUCCGGUGGUGUCGUCUGCUUCCCUAGGAUUAAGAAGGAGCCUAAGGGUGGAUUGCCGGCAUUCUAUGACAGGCUCUUGAAGAAUUAUGCUACCUAUGUUGGUCCUGGAUACUGGUUCAAGCUGCUGGAUAACUUUUUUCGGCUUGGGUAUGGAUGGCCGAUGCGGGAGGAGCUGGAGGGAGGGAUGAAGGCUAUUUCUGUAGCAUUACGGGACGAAUGA